AUGGCGGAUCCACAUGGAUCCACCCAGAAAUUCAACUUCAAAUCCAGGUGCUUGAAGCUGCAGGAGAGCAACCGGAAAUUGGGAGAGGCGCAUCAGUUGCUGCAAGGGACCAAGAGCGAGUGCCAAGAGUUGUUGGGUGGCGACAACAGCGAGACCAUCAAGUGCAUGCAAUCGCUGGCUGACGUCCUGGCCUCUAUGGGGGAGCUGCAUAAGGCAGAAGAGGAGUACCAAAAGGUCUACAAGCAACUCAGCCAGACCUAG